AUGUUCUUAGCUAAACUCAUAUUGUUAUUGAAAAUAGUUAUUAUUAUUAUUUAUUCACAGAAUGUUAUAAAUUGUGAUGAAAAGACGGAAUUAUUACAAAAUGAUCUAUUAUCCAAUGUACCAUUAUUAGAUAAUUAUGAAUGGGAGAUAGUUACAAGUUUAGUACUGGAUUCAAUUGAAGAUGCUACAAAAUAUUUAUGGAAACAUAGAAUUAAGGUGAAUUUAGAUGGUUAUUUAGGAACUACAAUGGUUGAAGGCAUUAUUCGGACCCUGUUGAAAUUAUACAGACAUAAAAUGCCUCAGGUAAUUGAUAAAAGAAUGCGAUUACUUCAAGAAAAAUUGGAAAUGUUAAAUAAUUUUGGUGUGAUGAAUGUUGAGAAACAAACUCCAUUUUAUUUUUCACGUGUAGGAUUUUUGCUGGAUCCGCAGCUAUGGAAUAGUUUCUAUCCGAUCACGCUACUAAACUAUUCUUUGGUACACAAGUCAAAGUACAAAAGUGAUUCGUGGACAGAGUACAAGAGUGAUAAUUGUCUCAGAGAGUUUCUUUACAAGACAGUUGAUGAUUUCUGUAAAAUUUCAAAACAAUGCUGGAAGUCAGCUACUGAUUACAGUGAAACUGAAUAUGGUCUUACGCACCAGGUAUUUUAUUUUAUGAUUGGAAAACAGACUAAUUGUAGUGAAACAUUGGAUUAUCUUCUAAAAUUCAAUCAACCGGAAAUGAAUACUGAAAAAUAUUUGCAACAGUUAUGUACAAACGUUGCAGUUGAAGCUCAAAUUAUUGCCAGUAAAAAUUUUCCAACUGAUUUUAGGGAUCUGUUCAUGGAACAAGUUGGAUUUUGUGGUUUAGCAGGAUUUUGGCAAAUCUGUAAAAUUGAUUGGUUAAUGAAAAUUAUUUCAUGGCAAAAUAUCAUGGGUUGUUAUCAUAAAUUUGAUACAGAAGAAAUGAAUCCAGAAAAUUUUGAUCCCAAUGUAUAUGGACAUUAUAAGCGUAGAAAACGUUCAGAACAACUUUUAUCCGAUGGUCAACAAGCGUGUCUAUCACAUAGGACAAGUGUAGCAAUGACAGCACUGAGUGGAUAUUUAAGAUAUUUAAUUGAAUUUCAUUAGAUGAUAAAAUCUAUUUUUUGUGUUCAGAAACCAUUAAACCAAUUCAGAAAAGAAUACUAGUUAUUGUUUUCUAAAUGUAAAUUAACUUUGAAAAUUGUAAUUUAGUAAGAUAAAC